CUUUGAAGAGGGUGUGUGCUGAAUGGAUUUUACAGUGAGCAACAUCUUCUGUGGCUGCAUAACUUUUGGGGCCCAGCUGGGAGAAGACAUUUCAGAUCUGGACCAUCGAGUGCCCCGGUUUCUUAGUUUGUUGCCUUCCUGGCUUUAAUUUCUUCCUGAAUUCUUUUCCCCUUUGCCUCACUGCACAUUGCACUUCAAUAUCAGUGUUCCUCACUACUUAGUCCUAAUCUCUCCUCUCCUUUCAUUUGUGUCUCCAUUCAUACCCUCUUACACCUGUCAGUUUUUCUAAACACAGUCUUAAUUGUGGUCUUUGCUUUAACACCUCUUCAGGCCUCCUGCUGUGAUUAGAUUACAGCCAAAGUCUUGGCCAUAACAUCCAAGUCUCUUUGUUGUCUGGCCUCCAUCUCUCUUACAUUUCCACACCCCACCUCCCAUCCCCAAAGUGCCCAUGUUUCAGCCAUCUUAAACUUCUCAGUGCAACUGAGACUGCCUCAUCCUCUUGCACGUCUGUGCUUUGCACAUUUUUCUUUUCUUUUUUUUCCUUAGCCUGGAAUGAUCCUCUUCCUUCUGAAUUUCGUUCUUUAAGACCCAGUUUAAAUGUCACCUCCUUUGGAAGCCUCCUUCCUUAUUUGUCACCUCCCACUGAAUUGGAGAGAAGGAGAAUACCUGUGUUUCCCUGGUCCUAGGAUAGUGCCAUAGACAUGCUUUAGAUACCUGUGUCACCUGUCCAUUUUUAGCUCGCUUGGCACAUAGUGGGCCCCUCCCUUUCUUGGGGCCCACUAUGGGCCAGGUCACAUGCUGGAAAGACUGGUGGAGGAGACACAAUGCUCACCCUUAAGGAAACUGUGAGCUAGAAGGAAGUCAUUGAAUGAAGUUUGCAUUUCCCAGUGAAAUUAAGCCUCUUGGUCUUAACCCCCAUUGUAGGGUCCAUCAUUACACAAUAUUAUCAUCUUUUUAAUCUGUCCCCAGUGACAAUGGCAAUAUUCAGUGGAUAGGGAUUAUGGAUCUUACUGCUCUCUGUAUUGCUGUUGUUCAUCUAGGAGCUCAAUAAACAACUGCAAAAAAUAGCCAACAUUUGUGGCUCAGUGGGUUAAGAAUCCGGUGUUGUCAACUGCUGUGGCUUGGGUCACUGCUGUGGCACGGGUUCGAUCCCUGGCUUCGGAACUUUUGCCGGGCACUAUUCCAGGGACUUUACGUAAACGGAUUUAAUCCUCACCAAUUUAGAGGUAAAGAAGCUAAGGUACAGCAGGACUGUCACACAGCCAAAUGGCUGAGUCAGGAUUCCAACCUUGUCAGGCCGGCUCCAGGGUCUACACCUAUAACCAUCAUGCUCUGCUGCCUUUGCUCAUCUGCAAAAUGAGUUGCUGGUAUGUUUGUCUUUCACGUCCCCUUGGACAUCUAGUGUGUAAACUGCUGAGCCUGGAGCUACAGGAAGAGCUGAGUCGCACUGGCCGAUCUCGAGAGGUAUUAGAGCUGGGGCAGGUGCUGGACACGGGCAAGAGGAAGAGACACAUCCCUUAUAGCGUUUCAGAGACAAGGCUGGAAGAGGCCUUGGAGAAUUUAUGUGAGCGGAUCCUGGAUUACAGUGUGCAUGCUGAGCGCAAGGGCUCACUGAGAUAUGCCAAGGGGCAGAGUCAGACCAUGGCGACGCUGAAAGGCCUGGUGCAGAAGGGGGUGAAGGUGGAUCUGGGCAUCCCUCUGGAGCUGUGGGACGAGCCCAGCGUGGAGGUCACAUUCCUCAAGAAGCAGUGUGAGACGAUGCUGGAGGAGUUUGAAGAUGUCGUGGGAGACUGGUAUUUUCACCAUCAGGAGCAGCCCCUACAGCGUUUUCUCUGUGAAGCUCAUGUGCUCCCAGCUGCUGAAACUGCAUGUCUACAGGAAACUUGGACUGGAAACGAGAAGAUCGCAGAUGGGCAAGAGAAGACAGCAGGAGAGGAGGAGCAAGAUCAGGAGGAGGAGGAGGAGAUGACUGACUCACCAGGCCACCCCAAGCAUGACCCAGAGGAUCUUUGAACCUUGCUUUUGAGCCCCAAGGAGGGACAGGGGUCAUGGAGAGGAACCCUCUGAAGGCUGAGCUCUCCCUGCUCCACAGCUUUAAGAGUGUGUGUGUCCCCACCCUAGAGCUUAUAGCUGUUCUCUCCCAUCUGAUCUCAGGCAGGAUCCUGGUGGUGCAAUAUGGCAUGGUUUUGGGGAGAAAGAUGGCAGCAGCAGAUGGAAACGAAGUCCCAAAAGAUGAGUCUGCUACCUGCCAUUUAGCCCCUUAAUUGUCAGGUGUGUGUGGUAACAGAAGUGAGAUAUUUAAAAUAGCUCUACUUUUCCCCAGCUUUCCUCUGGACCCAGAGGUUAGCAGGUCAUAGGAGCUUUGAACCUUGGGAAACUCGCUUUUCCCCUUGAGGGCGUUUUUAGACUUUGAACGUCGUGGACAUUUUUUUUUCCUCCUUGCUUUUUUUAGGGCGUCGCGUGGGGCAUAUGGAAGUCCCCACUCCAAUCCGAGCUGCAGCUGCGGGCCUAUGCCACAGCCACAGCAACCCUGGAACAGAGCAUUGUCUGCGAAGUAUAUCACAGCUCAAGGCAACGCCCCCCCCCCCUCAUUCUUAACCCACUGUG